ACGUUUCAACAAAACUUGUCAGGUGGACUUUUGGUAGGGACAUUAGCCACGUGAAUUCAACAUUUUCUAAAUUUCUACUCUUUUGUCUCUUCUCUUUUCAUAACUCUCUUUCACACCAUCCAAAUUCUUCACACUCUUUUCUCUUUCUUUUCAAAACUCUCUUAAGAAGAAAACACUCACAAAAACCCACUUAACUCCAUCACAAGAUCAUUCCAAUGGAACCCGUCGCUUCCGGGUCACCAAAACCCGACCCAACUCCCUCAUCACCAUCCACGUCAGCACCACCACCACCAAGCCGUUACGAGUCGCAGAAACGCCGCGACUGGAACACGUUCUUACAAUACCUAAGAAACCACAAACCGCCUCUAACGCUAGCGCGAUGCAGCGGCGCGCACGUGCUCGAGUUCCUCAAGUACCUAGACCAAUUCGGAAAAACCAAAGUCCACGUGUCAACAUGUCCUUUCUUCGGCCACCCGGACCCACCAUCUUCUUGCGCUUGUCCGCACGUACAAGCUUGGGGAUCCCUCGACGCGUUGAUCGGACGGCUUAGAGCCGCUUACGAAGAAAACGGUGGACGGCCGGAUUCGAACCCGUUUGCUGCACGCGCCGUUAGGAUUUACUUAAGGGAAGUCAAAGAGAGUCAAGCUAAGGCUCGUGGGAUUCCUCACGAGAAAAAGAAACGGAAACGGAAACCUACCGUUACCACCGUUAGAUUGGAUGUUGACUUAGCGAGUGGAAUCGCCGGAGAAGGAAGUAACGGUGUUUCUCCGUCUGCUUCCGGCGCUAAACUUCCUCUAGGUUAAAUAUAAUUAUCAUACUUGAUCUGCAUCUCUCUCUCUCUCUAUAUAUAUAAUAUGUUAUUUAUAAAUUCAUAUUUUCUUUUUACUAAGAAAAAUUCAUCGAGGUCAGUUAUUUUCUUGGUUGAUCGUGAAAAGACAUUUGUACGGAGUUUCUAAUUAAAUAGUUCAGUGAAUUUGUGGACUCUUCUAGUUUUUUUUAUUAGUGGUUCAUAGUAAAUUGU